GUCCACUUGUCCACCCACACCUUCCAACGCAUCGUACCACUUUUCUCACCUACAUCACAAUACAUUGCGACGCUCCUACAAUCGUCGCAUCGUCCCUACUUGUACUUGUCUCGCAUUGCUCACGUAUACUGAGCGCACCCCUUGCGCUCUCGCUCUCCCCUGAGCGGGCCCUCUACCCACGUCUCCUCUGACGUAGAGACUCACUGGACCAGACCUAGACCGGUCGUAUCGCGUCCUCUCCCGUCGUCUACCGCUCGUACUUUGCACACCCAGUCGCAUCGCACCCAAAAUGGGAUCUCAGCAGUAUUACCGUCCCAAUGCAUUUGCGGGGAGGUCCUUUUCGUCCUACACUGCCGGUCCCUCUACGCCUACCAUUGGACUUAGCAGCGCAGCCACUCAGGGCACCGCCUCCGCUAGUGGGACUGCCACGCCGGACUAUUUCCAGCACGCCCAUAGCAGAUCGCACUCCCUCCCCUCCUCUGCAGACGUGGUGAGCUCACCUGUGGCAGAGGGUUGGAAGGGAGGAUCGGGAGUUGUAGCAGAAGUGGAUGAAGAGAGUCAGAGGGAAAAGGUGGCGGCUAUGGAGGAGCAUCAGAGGAGGUUUGCAGAGGCCAGAGAUGGUCUGAUCGCUGCGAUCGACGACACGUCCGAGGUGCUCACCUCCCUUCGCCAAUUCAAUGGCGAGCGAUGGAUCGUACACUACCCUGCCAUUGAUAGACGGCCAGACAACCCGGAGCGACCCUCGCCACGACGUGCGCAGUCCGUUGCCCCUCGCAAAGAGGGUGGGAAGGUGGAGGAGGGUAGCGUGCACGCCACACCGCUCCACCCGGGAAUGAUGAGGUGCAGCACCGAGGCUCCUCAUCACUCGAAUAGCAUGCCCGUCUCGCCUACACAGUGCGCCACGCCCAACACCAUUCAGGAGGAGGAGGGGGAGACCCGCGAGCAGGAACACCACGCAUCUGCCGUGGCGACUGCCGAUGACCAGAGCGAAAUGUCGGUGCUGCGACUUGACCUCAAGCUGGGUGCGGCUGGGAACAACCCUCAGGCCCUCGUGCGCAGUCUGGAAAAGUCCAGCGUCGCUCAGCUCCUCGACGAGAGGAUGACUUCGUCGAUUCGCCAACUCGACAGCCUGCGAGAGCGCAUCAGCGACACGCAGUCAAAGGUCCUCGUCACUGGUGACCUCAAUGCCGGCAAGUCGACAUUUGUGAAUGCCCUCAUGCGCCGCAAGCUGAUGCCAGUCGACCAGCAGCCUUGCACGACGGUCUUUUGUGAGGUGCUGGAUGCUGAGCAGAUCAACGAGGGGCGCGAGGAGGUGCACAAGAUUAACCCCGGCAUGUCGUAUGACGUGCAGAAUGCAAACACGUACACUAGGCACACGCUGGAGGACGUAGAGGGGAUCGUGGCCGAGGCGGAAGAUGUGGACCCGCAGGACGCACCGCUGCUCAAGUGCUACUGCCACGACACGAGGUCGACGCAGGAAAGUCUGCUCAGGAACGGCAUCGUCGACAUUGCCCUGAUUGAUGCACCCGGUCUCAACCGCGACAGCCUCAAGACUACCGCUCUUUUCGCACGACAGGAGCAAAUCGACGUCGUGGUGUUUGUGGUGUCGGCGGAGAACCACUUUACCUUGAGUGCAAAGGAGUUUCUGUGGAACGCAAGCAAUGACAAGGCCUACAUCUUCAUCGUCGUCAACAAGUUUGACCAGAUUCGCAACAAGGAAAAGUGUAGACGGUUGGUGUUGGAGCAGAUUAAGCAGCUCUCGCCGAGGACCUACGAGGAUGCCGAGGAGCUCGUGCACUUUGUCGACUCCAGUCGCGUGAUGGGUGGUGAGAGUGAGGGGGACAGCUCGCCCAUUGGCACACCUAUGGAAGGACAAAAGGUAGCUGGAGAUACCCUCGCCACGAGUGCGACCGCCACCGCCGCUCCGAGCUUUUCGCAACUCGAGGCCUGCCUGCGCGACUUUGUGCUCCAGCGACGAGAAAAGUCGAAGCUCAUGCCUGCUCAGACGUAUCUCCUGCGACUGCUGUCAGACAUUGACUUUCUCGCCAGCACCAAUCUGCAAGUUGCGAAUGGGGAGCUGGAAGAGGCACGACGACUGCUGGAGGCUGCUCGCCCGGCGCUGGCGAAAUGCCAGGCAGCGCACGCCAAGAUGGAGCAUCUCCUCGAGGGAGAAGAGGAUACUGUGACCGCAAACGUCGCAAAGGACGCGCAAGAGAAGCUGAGCGGUGCCGUCGAGCUCAUCGCACAAGGACGGACCGCUUCGCCAUCAGUCACCCUGCCCGCCUACCCUGGCUUCUUUGGCGCACUCGACUAUGCCGCCGAGGUGCGAGACGCCUUUUUGCGCAGUCUUGCCAUGGCAGUAGGCGAGGCCGAGGAGGUGGCAAGGGGUGCGACUACUCAGGGUGUUGCCCGUAUCAGGGAGAUGGGCGAGGCUCACUUGCCAACCGACGUAGAGCGCUCAGGCCGGGUGUUCUUCCCGGAAAAGAUGUUCACCAAGCGCCUCGCGAGGGGCAGCGUCGCCGGAUUGGGCCUCGGCGCAGACAUCACCGAAGCGAGGAUGAGCGACGUGUUCGACCUUCCGCACUACAUCCACAUUGUGACCAAGGGCGACGGCGAAGAAGACGACGUCAAGGACAGCAAGCGUACCGUCGAGGAAGAAGUGGGCCUCAUUUCAGGUCUCUCCCUCGGAGUGGGUGCAUUGACCCUCUUUGGAGGCAAAGCCUACGGCGCCAAGUCUGCUCUAGGUGCCAUUCUCAACUUUUCCAACCUAGUGGCCAAUCCAACCGUCCGCAAGUGGGCACCGACCGUCGUCGCCGUCGCCACCGCUGGGUUUGUGGUGUAUGUGAUCCACGACUUGCCGAAUUCGAUUCCACGGAACGUGGGCAGAUCGAUGAAGAAGGAGCUCGCAGGGAGUGUGGCCAGUGGUGGAAAGAAGGGAGUGUCCUCCACCACCAACCGCCAAGCCCUUACCGUCGCGCCGUCGUCGGCACUCACCGUCGCCUCCCCUCCCCUCCCGUCCUUUUCCACUCAACACUCGGAGCGUCUUUCCCGCGAAGUGCGCAAAGUCCUCCGAAUGGCCGGUUGGGACCUUCAAGAACGCUUCCGCGUCGCCCUUGCUGAACGUAAAGGUCAAGUGGAUCGUCUGGAAGGGCAGGAGAGGAGGAGUGUAGAGGCAAUUGAGUGGUUUGGAAUUACGGGAGAGAAGGUUAGGGUUGUGAGGGGGAGGGUUAGGGAGGUUAGGAUUGCGUGAGAGGGGGUGAGCGAGAGUGAGCGAGGGUGAGCGAGCGGGGGAGGUGAGACAGAGGGCGAGACGAGGGGAUUGUACAGAAUAUAAGAAAACAGCAGGGGAAAGAGGACACCCCUCGAACGAACCACUUUAGCACCGCUACGAUCUAGCUGCACGACCACGAUCACAACACCACACCACACUGCACAGCCCUUGCAAUACGUGUUUCUUUUUAGUCCAGUAUCCAUUCAUUCCAGAUGCACCCACCCACACACACACACAC